AUGUUUUAUGGUAAUUAUGGUGGAUAUGGGGGUGGAAUGUAUGGAGGUGGAGGUUGUUCUUAUGGAUAUGGUUAUGGAUGUGGAUUAUUUGAUUGGGAUGUUUCAUAUUGGAUAUAUAUAAUAACAGGAUUAAUAAUAUUUUUUUUAAUAAUAUGUUUAUUAUGUUCACCAUGUCUUUGUACAGCAUUUGCUGCAUGUUUAGCUGGAAUGGGACUUAAUACAAAAAAAGGAAGUAAAAAUAAAAAUCAACCUAUUCAACAGGUACCACCACAACCACCAACAAUAAUAACAACACAUCCUAUAGUUACUACCAAUCCAACUCAACCUGGUAUAAUAACUCACCAACCAGCACCUUUAGAACAAAAAAAUAUUACAAUAUAUGAAAAUAGUGAUAAACCAAUACCAAAAGGAAGAAAAAAAAAAGAUUAUGAUAAUGGUCCUGAAAUACUAUCUGAAGAUCGUUAUUAUUCAUUAAAAAGACAAAGAUUACCCAGAACAUCACCAUAUGUUGAUAGAAUUUUGUAUACACAACAAAAUGAAAGAUAUUAUGGUGAUCGACGUUAA